AUGCAAGAAGAGGAGGAGCCCCUGGGCUCCUCCACCAUGGGCAACUCCAGCAUGCACAGGGAGGCAGGAGAGCUCCUCAUGGACCUAGAGACCUCAGAGGAGACGCAGGCUCAGAGCCUGGGCAGACCUGUCAAAUCCUCGAAGCAGUAUCUGCGCCAGGUCAUUGCAGAAUAUGAGGCGCUGGACCGAGAGCUCCCAUGCAUCCGCAAGUUCCCCAUGCCGCCUGCUGCCCAGCCCCUCUGUCUGUGCAUGGAGACCUCACCCGAAGAGGACCUUACCCACCUGGAGGUGCUGGAGGCGCUGGAGGCCGAGUUACCCGGGGCCAUGGAGAGCGGCCGUGUGAGCAGCAUCCGCUUUGAAAACAUGAACGUCAUCUGUGGGACGGCUGGGCGCCGGGACCGGUGGCUCAUCAUGGUCACGGACUUCCAGACUCGCUCGCGCCUGCUGCGCUCGGGGCUCCGCCUCCGCGGGGUCCUUCACCCUCUUGUGCGCCACGACGAGCUGCUGCUGGGCGAUUACCGCCUGCACCUGCGCCGCUCCCUCGUCCGACGGCGCAUGCUCGAGGCCCUGGGGGCGGAGCCGACCGAGGAAGACUGACGUUUGGGGACGGGCCCCGACUGCGCCUGCGCACUGCCCAACUGGCGCCGGUGACCCACCCGGAACCCCGAAGGAAAGGGGCGUUGCCUUCCCAGGAAGGAGGCGGGGCCGGCUCGAGGGGGUGGAUACUGUGAGUUUAAUUAUAAAGAAUGACCUGGUA